UAUGGGGAGCGGGUGAAAUAGGAGUGGAAAAGAGAAGGCCGCGACGGGAACGAGCGACCUUAGACGCCAUUUUGUUGGGAAACAAACAGGCAGAAGUGCGGAGUAGAGAAGAAAAAAAAUAAAAUCAGGAGGAGGACCGUGAGCCGGCGAGGAAAGCAGCGCAGUCGGAGACGACUGCUGCGAUUAUUAACUUGACGAAGAAAGAGGCGGUCGGAAGCGGUGGGGAGGUACCAUGUUCCUUGACAAGAAAGGUGACUGAAUAAUCCAUAAACACAUCUCAUAAAAGGCUAAUUUUAAAUAGAUUAACCUGUCUCUGAGGUGACUAAAGGGGAAUAAUGGUGAUUUUGCGCCGGGCUCGGCCGCCUGCUUCCGCCCCGACCAGCAAUGAAUCUUGACUCGCUCUCGCUGGCCUUGUCUCAAAUCAGCUACCUUGUGGACAAUUUGACAAAGAAAAACUACAGAGCCAGCCAGCUAGAAAUACAACAUAUUGUGAACCGGCACGGUCCUGAGGCAGACAGGCACUUGUUACGCUGUCUAUUCUCACAUGUGGAUUUCAGUGGAGAUGGUAAAAGCAGUGGCAAGGAUUUUCAUCAGACACAGUUUUUAAUUCAGGAGUGUGCAUCUCUGAUCACCAAGCCGAAUUUCAUCUCUACUCUGUCACAUGCCAUUGACAAUCCUUUGCACUACCAGAAGAGUCUGAAGCCUUUUCCCCAUCUUUUCGCCCAGCUAAGUAAAGUUCUGAAGCUUAGCAAGGUUCAAGAGGUUAUCUUUGGCCUUGCCCUUCUUAACUCUUCUAGCUGUGAGCUUCAGGGAUUUGCUGCCCAGUUUGUGAAACAAAAACUCCCAGACCUCCUGCGUUCUUACGUUGACGUGGACGUUAGUGGCAGUCAAGAAGGUGGCUUCCAGGACAUUGCCAUAGAGGUCCUGCACCUCCUCCUCUCCAACCUCCUUUUUGGCCAGAAAGGAGCCUUUGGGGUGGGACAGGAGCAGAUUGUAGCAUUUCUUAAGACUCUACGCAGAGAUUUCCCACAGGAACGCUGCCCGGUGGUGCUUGCACCACUGCUUUAUCCUGAAAAACGGGACAUUUUAAUGGACCGAAUCUUAGCUGAUUCUGGAGGGAUCACCAAAACUAUGAUGGAUAGUUCUCUGGCUGACUUUAUGCAGGAAGUGGGCUACAGCUUCUGUGCCAGUGUGGAAGAAUGUCGCAAUAUAAUUGUUCAGUUUGGUGUCCGAGAAGUCACAGCUGUACAAGUUGCCAGAGUACUUGGGAUGAUGGCUCGAACACACUCUGGUCUAACUGAUGGAAUUCCUUUACAGUCUAUCACUUCCCCUGGUAGUGGAAUUUGGAGUGAUGGGAAGGAUAAAAAUGACGCUGUUCAGCCACACACCUGGAAUGUUGAAGUUCUGAUAGAUGUUGUGAAAGAGCUGAACCCCACUCUGAACUUCAAAGAGGUAACCUAUGAACUCGAUAACCCAAGUUUUCAGAUCCGUGACAAUAAAGCUCUUCAAACUGUGGUAUAUGGCAUCCAAAGAGGCCUUGGUAUAGAGGUUUUUCCAGUUGAUCUCAUCUAUAGGCCUUGGAAAAAUGCAGAGGGACAGCUUUCCUUUAUUCAGCAUUUGUUACUGAACCCUGAUGUUUUUUGCUUUGCGGACUACCCUUGCCAUGCUGUUGCUACUGAUAUUUUAAAGGCUCCACCAGAAGAUGACAAUCGUGAAAUUGCUACAUGGAAGAGUUUGGAUUUGAUUGAGUCUCUGCUUCGACUGGCUGAGUUGGGACAGUAUGAGCAAGUAAAACCGCUCUUUGCCUACCCAAUAAAACACUGUCCAGAUAUGCUAGUUUUGGCAUUACUGCAGAUUAAUACCACCUGGCAUACCUUGCGCCAUGAACUCAUCUCUACACUUAUGCCAAUAUUCCUUGGCAACCACCCCAACUCUGCCAUCAUUUUGCACUAUGCGUGGCAUGGGCAGGGACAGUCCCCAUCGAUACGGCAGCUUAUCAUGCAUGCAAUGGCAGAGUGGUACAUGCGUGGUGAGCAGUACGAUCAAGCAAGGCUCUCUCGUAUUCUUGAUGUUGCACAGGACUUAAAGGCAUUGUCAAUGCUUUUAAAUGGUACUCCAUUUGCCUUUGUUAUUGAUCUUGCUGCACUUGCCUCUCGCCGGGAAUACCUCAAACUUGAUAAAUGGCUCACCGAUAAAAUACGAGAACAUGGGGAACCAUUCAUCCAGGCUUGUAUGACCUUUUUAAAGAGACGGUGUCCUUCUAUACUGGGUGGCCUUGUACCAGAGAAAGAUCAGCCUAAAAGUGCUCAACUGCCACCUGAGACUUUGGCAACAAUGUUGGCAUGUUUACAAGCUUGUGCUGGAAGCGUUUCACAAGAGCUUUCGGAAACCAUCCUUACCAUGGUUGCAAACUGCAGUAAUGUUGUUAACAAAGCAAGACAGCCACCUCCUGGGGUUAUGCCAAAAGGCCGUCCUCCCAGCACUAGCAGCUUGGAUGCAAUUUCGCCUGUUCAGAUUGAUCCUAUUGUGGCUAUGGCCUCUCUCAACAUUGGUGGAUCUGCUGCUCCUCACACUCAAAGUAUGCCGGUUUUCCCUCCAAAUUUGGGUUCUGCUUUCAGUACCCCGCAGUCUCCAGCAAAGGCAUUCCCUCCCCUUACUGCUCCAAACCAGUCCACUGCUUUCAGUGGCCUUGGUGGAUUAACGUCACAACUUCCAGGUGGACUUGGAUCGGGAAGCUUGACUGGUUUGGGUACAGGUGGGCUUAGUCUUCCUACGGUGAACAGUGAUCCCUUUGGGCAAAGAAAACUGAGUACAUCUGGACUUAACCAGCCUACUUUCCAGCAGACGGACUUAUCUCAGGUGUGGCCAGAAGCAAACCAGCACUUUAGUAAAGAAAUAGACGACGAAGCAAACAGCUACUUCCAGCGCAUCUACAACCAGCCUCCACACCCCACUAUGUCGGUGGAUGAGGUGUUGGAAAUGCUGCAGAGGUUCAAAGAUUCUAACAUAAAACGGGAACGUGAAGUAUUCAACUGUAUGCUGAGGAAUUUGUUUGAAGAAUAUCGGUUUUUCCCUCAGUACCCAGACAAAGAACUGCACAUAACUGCUUGCCUUUUUGGUGGCAUCAUUGAAAAGGGGCUGGUAACCUACAUGGCUCUUGGUUUGGCACUACGAUAUGUACUUGAAGCACUGCGUAAACCUUAUCAAUCCAAAAUGUACUUCUUUGGCAUAGCUGCACUAGAUCGAUUUAAAAAUAGAUUGAAAGAUUAUCCUCAGUAUUGUCAGCACUUGGCGUCGAUUAGUCACUUUAUGCAAUUCCCCCAUCACCUGCAGGAGUAUAUAGAAUAUGGUCAACAAUCCAGAGAUCCCCCGGUAAAGAUGCAGGGCUCUAUCACAACCCCAGGAAGCAUUGCACUCUCUCAAGCACAGACUCCUGCAAAAGCAGCUAGCAGCAUUGCUGUUACCUCUACUACUACCACCCCAGCAAAAACCAUCACUAUAACUAGACCUACUGGCGUUAGUUUCAAGAAGGAUGUACCACCUUCCAUCAACACUACCAAUAUAGACACACUCUUGGUUGCCACAGAUCUUGCAGGCCAGAUUGUUGAACCUCCAGAAAAUGUUCAGGAGAAGAUUGCUUUCAUAUUUAAUAAUUUGUCUCAGUCCAAUAUGACUCAAAAGGUAGAGGAGCUGAAAGAGACUGUAAAGGAUGACUUCAUGCUUUGGGUAUCUCAGUAUUUAGUAAUGAAAAGGGUCAGCAUUGAGCUCAACUUCCACAGCUUGUAUUCCAACUUUAUGGAUGCGCUAAAAAACUUGGAAUUCAACAAAAUGGUGCUAGCUGAGACCUACAGAAAUAUCAAGGUCCUUCUGACCUCCGAUAAAGCUGCUGCAAAUUUCUCUGAUCGCUCUUUGCUGAAGAACUUGGGACAUUGGUUAGGCAUGGUUACUCUGGCAAAGAACAAGCCAAUUCUGCACACGGCAGCAAAUGUUACCAAUGGGUCAAUAUACCCUUCCGGCAAGAUGGAAGUUAAAAGCGCUCUCCAUAGGGAAUACUCCCCUUCUGAGGACUUGGAUGUAAAAUCAUUGCUGCUAGAAGCUUAUGUGAAGGGACAACAGGAGCUUCUCUACGUUGUGCCUUUUGUUGCCAAAGUCUUGGAGUCUAGCAUUAGAAGUGUGGUUUUCCGACCACCAAAUCCUUGGACAAUGGCAAUAAUGAAUGUGUUAGCAGAGCUUCAUCAAGAACAUGACUUGAAGCUAAAUCUGAAAUUUGAGAUUGAAGUCUUGUGUAAAAAUCUGGCCAUGGACAUAAAUGACUUGAAGCCUGGCAGCCUACUGAAAGACCAGGAUCGACUGAAAAGUUUGGAUGAACAACUUUCAGCUCCCAAAAAGGAUGUGAAACAGCCCGAGGAACUACCUCCAAUGACUAGUGCCAGCGAGUAUGCCAUUCGAACUGCUGGCAAGCUUUGGGCCUCCGUGGAAAAGCAGGAAUCUGAUGCAGUUUUUACAGCAACAGCUACUGCUCCACCACCAACCACAACAUGCACUGCAACUGUUCCACCUCAGCCUCAGUAUAGCUACCAUGACAUUCAUGUUUACUCCUUGGCAGGCCUUGCUCCUCAUAUAACACUUAAUCCCACAAUUCCUUUGUUUCAAGCCCACCCACAGUUGAAGCAGUGCGUACGACAAGCAAUAGAGAGAGCAGUCCAGGAACUUGUUCACCCUGUAGUUGAUCGGUCCAUUAAGAUUGCAAUGACAACCUGUGAGCAGAUUGUACGCAAAGACUUUGCAUUAGAUUCUGAAGAGUCUCGUAUGAGAAUUGCUGCUCAUCAUAUGAUGCGUAACCUGACUGCUGGUAUGGCUAUGAUUACAUGCCGUGAGCCUCUGCUCAUGAGUAUUGCCACCAACCUGAAGAAUAGUUUUGCAACAGCUAUGCGGGCUGCUUCCCCUCAGCAGCGGGAAAUGAUGGAGCAGGCUGCUGCACAGCUUGCUCAGGACAACUGUGAAUUAGCCUGUUGUUUUAUACAGAAGACUGCAGUGGAAAAGGCUGGACCUGAAAUGGACAAGAGACUGGCAACUGAAUUUGAACUGCGAAAGCAUGCAAGACAAGAAGGCCGUCGUUACUGUGAUCCUGUAGUAUUAACAUACCAGGCAGAACGUAUGCCAGAGCAGAUACGUUUGAAGGUUGGAGGUGUGGAUCCUAAACAGCUGGCUGUUUAUGAGGAAUUUGCACGUAAUGUUCCUGGAUUCCUACCCACGAAUGACCUAACCCAGCCCACAGGGUUUCUGGCGCAACCUAUGAAGCAACAAGCCUGGGCCACAGAUGACGUUGCACAGAUUUAUGACAAGUGCAUAACGGAGUUAGAGCAGCAUUUACAUGCAAUCCCACCUGCACUGUCGAUAAACCCGCAGUCUCAAGCCCUGCGAAGUCUUCUGGAAGCUGUAGCUGUUGCCCGAAAUUCAAGGGAUGCCAUAGCUGCACUAGGACUUUUACAAAAGGCUGUUGAAGGGCUGCUAGAUGCCACAAGUGGAGCAGAUGCAGACCUUCUUCUACGCUAUCGGGAAUGUCACCUUCUGGUAUUAAAGGCUUUGCAGGAUGGACGUGCUUAUGGUUCUCCUUGGUGCAACAAGCAAAUAACUAGGUGUUUAAUAGAGUGCCGAGAUGAAUAUAAAUAUAAUGUGGAAGCCGUAGAACUUCUGAUCCGAAACCACCUGGUGAACAUGCAGCAAUAUGACCUCCAUUUGGCUCAGUCCAUGGAGAAUGGGUUGAACUAUAUGGCUGUGGCCUUUGCGAUGCAGUUAGUUAAGAUACUGCUUGUGGAUGAACGAAGUGUGAGCCAUGUGACAGAGGCUGAAUUUUUCCACACUAUUGAGACUCUGAUGCGUAUUAAUGCACACUCAAGAGGCAAUGCUCCUGAAGGACUUCCCCAGCUAAUGGAUGUUCUUCGCUCCAAUUUUGAUGCAAUGAUGGAACGGGCCCAUGGGGGUCCUAACUUUAUGAUGCACUCUGGCAUCUCCCAAGCUUCAGAGUACGAUGACCCACCCGGCCUGAGGGAGAAGGCAGAGUACCUAUUAAGAGAGUGGGUUAAUCUAUAUCAUUCUGCUGCUGCUGGACGUGAUAGUACCAAAGCUUUCUCUGCAUUUGUUGGCCAAAUGCAUCAACAAGGGAUUCUGAAGACAGAUGACCUCAUCACACGGUUCUUUCGCUUGUGCACAGAGAUGUGUGUGGAGAUAAGUUACCGGGCUCAAGCUGAGCAGCAGCACAACCCAUCUGCUAAUCCCACAAUGAUUCGGGCAAAAUGUUACCACAAUUUAGAUGCUUUUGUGCGUCUUAUUGCUCUGCUGGUCAAGCAUUCUGGAGAAGCCACAAACACAGUUACAAAAAUAAAUCUUUUGAACAAGGUACUUGGUAUUGUUGUUGGAGUACUUCUACAAGACCACGAAGUGCGACAAAGCGAGUUUCAGCAGUUACCUUACCAUCGAAUUUUCAUUAUGUUGUUGUUGGAGUUAAAUGCCCCUGAGCAUGUUCUAGAAACAAUCAAUUUUCAGACACUGACUGCAUUUUGCAAUACUUUUCACAUUCUCAGACCAACUAAAGCUCCAGGCUUUGUCUAUGCAUGGCUUGAACUAAUUUCCCAUCGAAUAUUUAUUGCCCGAAUGUUGGCUCACACACCCCAACAAAAGGGCUGGCCAAUGUAUGCACAGCUGUUAAUUGAUCUUUUUAAGUACCUGGCACCUUUUUUGAGGAACGUAGAACUGACAAAACCUAUGCAGAUUCUCUACAAGGGCACCCUUCGUGUGCUUCUUGUUUUGCUUCAUGACUUUCCAGAGUUCCUUUGUGAUUAUCAUUAUGGUUUUUGUGAUGUGAUUCCACCAAACUGCAUACAGCUGAGGAAUCUAAUUCUGAGUGCCUUCCCACGUAAUAUGAGACUGCCAGAUCCCUUCACUCCCAAUCUUAAGGUGGAUAUGUUAAGUGAGAUAAACAUUGCUCCACGUAUACUUACAAAUUUCACUGGAGUAAUGCCUCCACAGUUCAAAAAGGAUUUGGACUCUUAUCUCAAGACUCGUUCACCUGUUACAUUUCUCUCUGAGCUCCGCAGCAACUUGCAGGUUUCAAAUGAGCCUGGUAAUCGCUACAAUAUCCAGCUGAUUAAUGCAUUAGUACUAUAUGUGGGGACUCAGGCUAUUGCUCAUAUUCACAAUAAGGGUAGCACGCCAUCCAUGAGCACCAUUACCCACUCUGCACAUAUGGACAUCUUCCAGAACCUGGCUGUGGACCUAGACACUGAAGGACGCUACCUCUUUUUGAAUGCUAUUGCCAAUCAACUGCGAUAUCCCAACAGUCAUACUCACUACUUUAGCUGCACAAUGCUUUAUCUAUUUGCUGAAGCAAACACUGAGGCGAUACAGGAACAAAUAACAAGAGUUCUUCUAGAAAGGUUGAUUGUAAAUAGACCACAUCCUUGGGGACUCCUUAUAACAUUCAUCGAGCUUAUUAAAAAUCCUGCAUUCAAGUUCUGGAACCAUGAGUUUGUACAUUGCGCACCGGAAAUUGAAAAGUUGUUCCAGUCUGUUGCCCAGUGCUGCAUGGGGCAAAAACAGGCCCAGCAAGUCAUGGAAGGCACAGGAGCCAGCUAAGAACCAGGGAUCAUUGACUUUUUUAUCUGUGCUGGAUUUAUGCUGAUAGAGCAAACCCAAGGAACCAAUUUCUGCAAUGUGAAGACUGGAUUUUGUUUCUUGCCCAACAGUUGUAUCCGUUCAUGGCACAAAUUCCCGGCUGGGAGCAUAAUGUUUUAACAUAUCUUGUUUUGAUGGGAGAUUUCCUGAAUUUGGCAAAUUAUGGGGAUUUUUUUUCCAGCUCUACAUUUUGGCCAAAAAAACACAAAGAACAUGUGAAUAUAUAUUAUAUUUUUUUUCUGGAUCUCUUGUAAAUACUGAUCUGAAAUGCAACUCCAAAAAAAAAAGGAAUCUAGUCUGGCCUUGUAUUUUUCAUUGGUGUACAUGUCAUUUUGAACUGGGUGGGUUGUUAAGGGUAUUAGUUACUGAUGUGGUUUUCUUGGUUCUUUUGUCUGACUGGGUAGGGCUUCUGGAUACCAAGCACUUGUGUGGAAACAGGGUGGGAUAGGGAAUAGCUGUCAUAACUCAUGGUUAUUGAAAGGUCACACAGCUCAGAUCUGUGCAGAGCUUCUGAACAUAAAGUGAUUUUUACUGUACAUUUCUCUACUCUUUGUUUACAAUCUGCAUGCUAUAUGAAAGUUGGAUGCUACCAUUCUUCUAGUUUUCUAGUGGCUUCUAGUUCUAAUGCUAGAGAACGUGUACAGUCCUUGCUUUGCAACACACUUGAGAGCAAAACUCGUGUAAAGACUGUUUCCUUGGUGUUUCAACCAUUGUAAAGAAAGAAUCCCUUUUAUUUUUGACACUUGUAAAUAAUUUAUCCAGGAAAUGGUCUACGAGAGGUAUGAGCUGCUGCCCCUUCCUCUUUAAUCCCCAGCCUUGAGUUUGUAGUAAAAAUUUAAAAUAAAAUAAUAACAAACGUCUGGACCAAUACAGGCAAUUUUGUAAGAAAUUUGAAUGUUUUGUAAAUGUAUUGGUCCUGUGUUGUAUUUGUAGGCUUUCUAGUUUUUAUCUGGGCCUUCAAUUUCUCCCACAUGUAUGUAUGGUUUCUGUAGUUACACAUUAAAGUCAUGACAUGCAGCAAA